AUGGCCGACGCCGCCGACGUGCGCCAGGGCCUUCAAGAGCUUCGCGAACACGCCACUCGUCGAGAGGUUGGCCUUCUCCGCGUUACAGCUCAGGAGCAGCGUCUCCUGAUCCAAAAGUUGCAAGCAAAACUCAAGAAAUACAAAAAUGGCCUCGCGACCGGCUCGGACCCAGGCCUGACAUCCCUGGAGGACUCCCGGCGCCCCCCAGAUCACCUCUCCCGUGCUGAGCAUGAGAGCAUCUUGCAAACCACCACCCACGAAUAUAAAGAACGUCUCAUUCAGGAAGCCACUUCCAUGAUUCAAGCCUCCAACAAUGAGCUUCGGGAACGCUAUACAGUCGAGCUGCAGAGCCAGGCUCAAGAACUACAGAGAGCCAUUGACGAGCGGGAUGCCUAUUGGCAAGACCAAGUCAAAAGCAUUACUGCUCAGCUGCGCGCAACAGAACGCGAGCGAGACCAUGCUCGGCAAGCAGCCACCUCAUCGCAAGUGCUGCCAGCGUCCCCGUCAGAGCUGGCACGUCCCAGGCAGCAGAACACUGACUUACAUGCCAGAGCUGCAGCUUCCGAGUCCAAACUGCAGCAGGAACUGGCUCAGUGCCAAGAGAGAGAGCAGGCCCUUAUACAGCAACAUCACCAAGAGCAGGCCCGGCUGCGCCAGGACUUGCUUGAUCUGCAAGCCAACCUUCAAGCUCAAGCAGCCAAUUGCGACGAACAUGCAAAAAAGGCCCAGGCAGCGCAAGCCACCAUUGCAACCUUACGCCGUGAGCUUGACGCUCGCUGCGAGGCUCAAGAGAUCAUGGAGGCACGACACCGCGAUGAAUUGUCAAAACAAAAGGAUCGUGCCGCCGCUGAGCUACACCGUGCCCGUGAGCAACUGCAGGCCGCUUCCGAGCACGCGACGCAAGCGCAAGAGCUAAAAGCCCGCCUUCUUGUGGUCGAGCAGGCUCGAGACACCGCUCUCACACGCGGACAAGCGUUGGAGCAGCAGCUAACCGCCGUCCUCCAGAGUCUUGAGCAGAACACCUCUGCAAACGAUGCCGAAAUGAGCCAAAUUCAGGACCUGCAGACCUUGUUAGCGCAGCAAGAAGAGAAACUUGCCGCGGCUCGGCAAGACGCUUCCCAGUGGCAACAAGCCUAUGAACGAGAACGCUCCGAGCGUGGUGCAGCCCUGGAUCGCUCACAAUCUGACAGUCAUGCCUGGACCCAGCAACGACAGCAACUCGAGACUGACUUGGCAAAGCAACGCCAGUCCUAUGAAACGCGCCUUACCGCUGAGCGGCAGCGAUUUGAGACGCAAUUGGAUGAGGAGCGACAGCAACAUGAAAAGCGGCUUGCCCAACAGCAGCAAUCCCAAGAAAUGCAGCUCAAACAGUUGAUAGAGGAACGCCAACAGCUGGAAGAAACGCUGACUGAGGAGCGCCAAAAGCUGGCGGAGGCCCUGGCCAGGGAGCAGGGGCGCGCCGAUGCAGACCUUGCGCAGCUUGAAGAGGAGCGACAAAAAGUACAAAAAGAGUUGACAGAGGAGCGACACUCCUUUGAUAAACGCAUGACGCAACUUACUACCGAGCGCCGUCAAGUGGAAACGCAGCUCACUGCAGAACAAGAGCGUCUUCGCGAGGACUUGGCCCAGGCACGCCAGGAGCACGCACGGGAGGCCGCAGCUAUUCAACAAGAGCUGCUGCGGUACAAAGACGCCAUGCAUACCAUGACCGAGCAAGUGAAGGCCUUUGAAGAGGCCGAACGCGCUCAUGCAGAUGUCGUGGCUGAUCUUGAGCGCCAAGUGGCCAAUCAGCAUCAACUGGAGCAGCAGUAUGAGCAAUUAAAGGAUGAAUUUGACUGGUAUCAAGCUGCGCAGGAGGAAAGCCAAGCAGGUUUGCACCGCGAGCUUGCAACACGAACCGCUGCCCAGCGCGUCGUUGAGCUCAUGUCCAACGAGCUCCAGGGCCAGAUUGUCGCCGCAACCAGGGAAUUGGAUCGCUUAACACGGGCAUUUCGUGCGCAGGAGGCCUCCAAGGCAAGCUUGAACAGAUCUCAGGAAGCCUGGGCCGCUCAGCGAGCCCAACAUGCUCACCGCCAAGACCUCCUGCUUCAGCAUUCCAGACAAGCGCAGCUUGAUCUGGCCACGGCUCGCACCCAAACCGGCGAUGCUUCGGCCAGGAUAGCCACCCUUGAGCAUGAGCUUGCAAGCCAAAAAGCAGCCACGCAAAAAGCGGAGGCACACUCAACGCAGCUGUAUCACGACCUCGCGGAUUGUCGCGUCUCACAACGCAACGUCGAGGCAACGGUGAAGGAGUUACAGCGGGAGUUGCAAGCCGCUCACAGUGUCCUGGAAUCUACGCGCGCGGCUCACGCCGAGCAGCUACAACUUCAAAAGGAACAAUCACAGGAGCAACUUCAACGUCACGAAGCCCAGUGGCGGGAGCAGUUGCAUCAUCAAAAGGUCCAAUUGCAAGAGCAGCAAAAUAUGGCACAUCAGCAGCAACAAAAAUUGACUGGUGAGCUGGCGGAGCUGCAGCGAGCCUGUGCAGCGAGUGAGGCGGCUCUGGCGCAAGCUCAGACGGCACAUGAGGGUGCCCGCGCCGUUGCGGUUGCCCAGCUAGAUGCUCGUCGAGCAGCGCAGGCUCGAAUUACCGUGUCUCAUCGUCGAGUUGAUGAGUGGAAGCGCGCAGCAGACGAAUCGCAAAUCCGGUUGGCAAAGGCCGACGAGGCGCGGCGCAGCGCUGAAGCUGCACAAAGAGAUUUAACGGAACAAAGUCGUUACUUGGAGAAUGCUCGCUGCGCGAGUAACGAAGCUGUGAAGCAGGCGCACGAAGAGCAAAACCGUCUUCAAGCUGUUGGAGAGCGCUUGCGAAGCGAGCGGGAUCAGGCUAAUCACCUUUGCCAACGCGCCAAAACGGACCUGGCCACGACACAGCGUUGCCUGCGCGCAUUUGCAACUACAAGUCGGGAGGUGAUUGCGAGUCUGCGCACCGAUCUCAAACAACAGCGGGCGCACAUUUACUCUUUCAAGGAGCACCAGCUGCGUGCUUUGGGGGAUCUCAUGGCGGCCGUGCAGCAAGCUGUUGCAACUGCAUGUCGUGCGGCUGGUCAACCUGUGCGAGCAACCCUCCAGGUCUUAAGAGACGAUUUGCAGCAGCUGCGCGUGGAGCUGCAGACCCAAACGAAAAAUGUCAGCCUGCAUGCAGCGGCUAGCAUACGCGAGCUUAAGCACGCAUUCUCUCAACGAUUGCAGCUCGUGAGUCAGGGAGCCGCGCCGGAUAUGAUGGGUGCAAACACUGUUGGUGUGCUUCAAGCUGAUAUUCGCCAUGAUCCAAAGGAACAGCUUCAUCAAUGUAGCCUUGCUUUGACAAAUAUAAAAGAGAGCCUUUCACAAGCUUGCCAACAACUGAAGCCUGUGCCCCCACCUGUUUUGCCAGGCGCAGAGGACGACGUACAUACUGACGGCAAGUCAGCCGGGGCCUCUGGGCGCGGCUUGCCAGAGGGAGAUGCCGCGAAGCGCUUGCUACGGUUGGCCAUCGCGUUGGAGCGCGCACCGUCCGUCAUGCCAGGCACUGCUGGCGUGGCCACACAAACCGAUGCACAGCCGCCCAUCGAGCCGGCAGCUGGCUUGCUUUUGCGCCGCAUGGCCGAAGGUGUACGAGCGCUGGCACAAGCCUCGCGCGAUGAUGCAACCGUGCAAGCUGUGCGUGCUACGCGUCGCAAAGCCCGCCUUUGCGUAGCAGACAUUGUGCAGCUACAUGUCAAUGCCACGGCUCGCGCGGUAGCACUGCUGCAAGAUGCACAUGCCAACACUCCGCCUCGUCACAACGUGGACGCCCAGUCCGACGUUCGGCAUCGAGUCACCUCAACCGUGGUGCAAACGGAACAAACGAGAGAAGAGCUGCUUAGGGUGCUGCACAAGUUGGGAGGCAUGUCGGACGCCACUGCCGCCACUGUCGGGCUGGAUUUGUCAGAAAUGCAAGCCUGCCUUGCUGCCAUGGAGCAAAUGUGUGUUGUCGUGCGUCGAGGUGGCGGACAUCGGACCGCAAAGGAAAAGGUGGAUUCGGGCAGUAAGGAGCGUCGAGCGCUGCGCCAGCGUCUCCGCGAGUCGGAUGUGCGCAUUAGUGCUUGCAUCGAAGAUCUCUGCGGCUCCAUGGAAGCGGUUUGUGGCCAACUUGCUUUUGCACAUGCCUGCUGCUCUGCAUAUUGGUUCAAAGGACUGCUCAAUUGCUCAAUUGCGGCACAUGAUGCAGGCGCACAGCGUGACAAGCUCGCGCGAGCUCAGCUUGGGCAGACGACGGAGCUCAGUACAAAGUCCCCACACCCCCCGCACUCCUUUGGACCGCCUUGGUUUGGCACCCGUGGCAACCUCGACCCCUCGCCGGGAUCGGGCCGGCCCCAAUCUCCAAAACACUUCGCCCGCCUCUUCACCAAUGCCAUAGAAAUCCCGACAUUCCAUGACAUGAUAGCAUCACAUCAUCGAUAA